AUGCCAGAAGUGACAAUCCGAAUGCACACAUCAGAUAAACCUUGGAUUACCCCAAAAAUAAAGGCACAGAUUAAAGCUAGGCAAAAGGCUUACUGCCGCGGUGAUAAAUCCAAGUACGACCAAUUAUGUAAAAAGGUCUCCAAGUUAAUUCGGAAUGCAAAACAAUCGUUUUAUCACACCGAAGGGAGAGAUCUUCGUCAAAAAGAUCCUGCAAAAUGGUAUAAAACUGUCUAUACUCUGUUGGGUGCUGAAACGAAUCAUAACUCUUUACAAACUCCAUCUAAUGAAGAUCUGUCUAAGGUUGCUGAAAACCUACAAACUGCUUUUACAAACCCAUGGAAAGAUAUCAAUGUUGACCUCCCGGACAUAAAUGAAGUUAACCACUUACUUAAGGAUACGUCACCACCGCUACCUUCCUUAGGGCAAGUACCGUCCUGCCUAAAGCACCUUAACCCAAAGAAAGCAACAGGGAUAGAUAAAAUCCCUGCCUGGUUUUUAAAGCACUACUGUGAUGAUCUUACGCCAGUGAUACAUAGUAUCGUAACAGGCAGCAUUACCCAAUCCAAGUAUCCUACUGCGUACAAGCAUGCAAUUGUAACUCCGGUACCAAAGAUACAUCAACCCAAAGAUAUAAACAACGAUUUCAGGCAAAUUUCUGUGCUUCCUCAUCUAGCUAAAAUGAUAGAGAAAAUCCA